AUGAAGUUCCUUGCUAUAUUUUUAAUGUUGGCUGCCUUUGUGGCAACUUCCUGGGCCCUGAAACAUCCGGACUGUGGUCUUCCUCAUUCACGUAACGGCGAUGGACGCAUUUCUUGCGAGGCUUAUAUACCCAGCUGGUCCUUCGAUGGUCAGGAGUGCGUGAAAUUCAUUUAUGGCGGAUGCGGUGGCAAUGCAAAUCGUUUUGGCACUAAAGAGGCAUGUGAGGCCAAGUGUUUGUAAUCUCACCAACUUGUAGACCACCAAAGAACGUUUUAAUAAAUUAGUCACAUUAAUGGGAAAA